UGCCCGUUUUUUAUAACAGAUGAACUGUAUUAACCAAGGAAACUGUUUGUUUUUAAAUUAUUGUUAUGUACAAUCAACGACGUUGAAAAUAGGCGGACGUCGUCGUAGUAGUUUCUUGAAAGAAGUUGUUGUUGUUUCAAGAGACGUUGAAAAAAGGUUGCUUCUUUUGAGAAGCAACUUUUUUCAACAUCUUAAUUACAAUCUGUCUGUAUUGAAGUCAAUUGAAGUAGACAACUAAAUGCUUGUUUAUUAUCAUAAGUUGAUAAAGUGUUCGUUUAAAAUAUUCGGUUUUACUUGCUUUAAGUAGGUACUGUAACAAAUGUAUAACUCUAACAAAUUAAUCCGAAAAAUAACUUACAAAUUGUACUCACUAAAGACACGGAGAAAAAUAUUUUAUUUACGAAAAAAUGUAAUCUUUGCAAUUAUUUUUAUUGGUGUCAUUUACCAUGUCAAGUUGAGAGAUGUAUUACUUGAGCAACGAUACUUUAAGCAUUUUGGAUUUCGAUCUUAUUUAAACAAUUCAGAACUUUUGGCGUGUUAUUAUAGUAAUGAAGGGGAUGUGCUUCCAUGGGCUGAAGGUCCCAACUUUGCGCCAAAGCUUAACUCGAUAUUCUUCCACGAAACAUCAUGUCGUGGAGGCUUAAACUCUCGUCAGGCGUGCUCCAUCGAGUCUGCGGCGAGGGCACAUCCAACGAGACAAAUCUAUGUUCUGUUCAGUGGACCCAUUAUUGAGGUGGUGUAUCAGAAAAGCUGCAUAGCCAAAUUACGGCUCCUACCAAACGUACAUUUUGCUAGAGUGCACAUAGAGGAAUAUGCAAAGAACACCCCUUUGGACGGCUUAGUAGCAAGUAGGGAGUUAGAAGAGAGCUAUUGGCCCGUAGAGCACGCCUCAGAUGUCUUUAGAUUCUUGACACUGUACAAUUGGGGGGGAGUGUAUCUGGACACAGACGUUAUGGUCGUGAAAUCUCUAACACCGCUCGGUCACAAUUGGGUAGCGAAAGAAAUAAGUUGGCACGCGAGUGUGGGAGUUAUCGCUAGUUCCAUGGACCACAUCGGCAGACGACUCGCGCAGGCUCUUGUAAAUGAACUGAAAACGACGUUUAAACCUGAUGUUUUCAAUAAUAAUGGUCCAGGCGUGAUGACGAGAGUACUACACCGCAUGUGCAAUACAUCCGACCCGACCGAAUGGUCUGCUAAAACAUGUCAAGGUCUCGAAGUGUAUGGCCCAGAAUACUUUUACCCAGUCCAUUAUACCAAAUCUAACGAUUAUUUCAAGACUGGAAAAUUGCAGAACGUUUCCGAUGCCUACACUCAUCAUUUAUGGAACAAAAUGACUUCUAAUAAGACAAUAGAAAAGGAUUCCCCAUAUGAUGAAAUGGCACAGAAACUUUGCCCCCUAAUUUAUGAGAUGUAUGGAGAUGAAUUUGGGACAUAAAAAGGUCAAAUCAUAUUUGAAAAUCCUGAUGUUUUUUUUUUCGGUAACAUCUUUUAAUAUGGCGGGAGUACUUGUAAUUUCUAAAUAGUGUCGUUCCGAAGAAAGUAUAAUUAUUUUUCUUUUUACUAUCUCACGUGGCUCUGCGUUUAGACACAUGACGGGUUAAAU